UAUCUUUUCAUCUCUACCUCAGGAUCUUUUUUCCUCUCUUCCUCUUUCUCUAUCAUCAGUAAACCCACGCUUCCUGUCUCUCUCUCCAUACGCACUCUUGAGCCUGAGUGUGCAGCACCUGUGCAGACUGGAGUUUGUCGGGCCGAGGCAGAAGGUUUUUUUUUUUUCUUUUUCUCUUGUCUGUGUGUGUGUGUGUGUGUGUGUGAGAAGAACAGGAGAGGGAGGGGAGACAACACCCAGGAACACCUGACCAACAUUUCAUCAAGAUAUGUGGAGACUUAGGAACUGAUCUCCUCCUUCAGCUUUUCCCAAGCUGUUUGUUUAUCUGUUUUUUUAUUGCAACACCUGGAAUGCUUAACGUGGACUGAUGGAUGUUUCCGAACUGUGCAUCCCCGACCCUCUCUGCUACCACAACCAGUUGCUAACCAGAAUGCCCUCUGAGGACCGACAUCUAUCCUCCAGCUGUGGUUCUUACGUCAAAACCGAGCCUUCCAGUCCUUCCUCCUCACUAGUCGACACCGGGAGUCACCACAGUCCCAGCGGCAACUCUGACGCCAGUGGCGGCUACAUUAACGGCACCAGCGGACGCUCACACGCCCUGGACUCCCCACCCAUGUUCAACCCGGGAAUGCUGGGAGGCGGCAGUGCCUGCCUACGCCGCUACGAGGAGUGCUCCGGCAGCAUGGCAGACGACUCGCCGAUCAAGUGCGAGUACAUGCUCAAUGCCAUUCCCAAGAGGCUGUGCCUGGUGUGUGGCGACAUUGCCUCAGGGUACCACUACGGGGUGGCCUCCUGUGAGGCCUGCAAAGCCUUUUUCAAAAGGACGAUACAAGGGAACAUCGAGUACAGCUGUCCGGCCACCAACGAAUGCGAGAUCACCAAAAGGAGACGCAAAUCAUGCCAGGCCUGCCGCUUCAUGAAAUGUCUUAAAGUUGGCAUGUUAAAAGAAGGCGUACGUCUGGACCGGGUGAGAGGGGGGCGACAGAAGUACAAACGAAGGUUGGAUGCAGAGAAUGGCGCCUACCUCGGCCUCACCAUCCCCCCUCCAGCUAAGAAACCAUUGACGAAGAUCGUUUCCCAUCUGUUGGUGGUGGAGCCAGAGAAGAUCUACGCCAUGCCUGACCCUACCAUGCCUGACGGAGACAUCAAGGCCCUGACCACGCUGUGCGACUUGGCCGACCGCGAGCUGGUGGUCAUCAUUGGCUGGGCCAAACAUAUCCCAGGUUUUUCCACUCUGUCACUGGCAGACCAGAUGAGUCUUCUGCAGAGUGCCUGGAUGGAGAUCCUGGUGCUGAGCAUCGUGUUUCGCUCGCUGCCCUGCGAGGACGAGAUUGUGUACGCAGAGGACUAUGUGGUGGACGAGGAGCAGGCGAGGAUCUCUGGCCUGCUGGACUUGCACGUCGCCAUCCUGCCGCUGGUCCGACGCUACAAGAAGCUGCGCAUGGAGAAGGAGGAGUUUGUCACACUCAAAGCCAUCGCCCUUGCCAACUCAGACUCCAUGCACAUAGAGAAUAUCGAGGCCGUCCAAAGGCUCCAGGAUUCCCUCCACGAGGCCCUGCAGGACUUUGAGGGCUCCCAGCACCCAGAGGACCCUCGACGGGCAGGCAAGCUCCUAAUGACCCUGCCUCUGCUCCGUCAGACCGCCACCAAGGCGGUUCAGCACUUCUACAGCAUCAAAAUGCAGGGCAAAGUCCCCAUGCACAAACUAUUCCUCGAGAUGUUAGAAGCCAAGGCUUGACACCCGGGGCCAGAUGUUUGACAGACAGCUGCAUCACCCAAAUGCAAGGCGAGAGACAGCCCGUGAAAAUGAAGGUGGUGUGCCAAUUGACAGUUAAAGGAUGAAGCUUUGGACUACUGAGUCGUUUUAACACUUUUAAACGGUAAUAAACAUAAAAGAAAAAUGGAACUUGAGAUGGUUUAAAAUGGGUGAAUAUCAACCUGAUUGAUGUGGGAUCAUGAUGAUGUAUAUAAAGAUGUUGUGUACAGAAAUCAGGCAACCGGGGUCUUGUUAUAACCAGAGGCCCAUUGCUAUAUAUCACCUGAAGCUUCUGUGAAUUUGUUUCUUAUCUUAUUUUCAUCUCAAAAUGGAAGUGUGUUAAUAUAAAUGUCCUAAAGAACUGUGCGGCUACACGGCCACAUGAUGUGUUUUCAUUUCUUUCUUUGAUAUUUUCUAAUCUCAGUUGUUAAAGCAAUAGUCUCUAACUGGUCUACAUAUAAUAUGUGUACUGUAUAUUGUGUGAAAUUGCACUGGGCGGGGGGAGAAUUGUUAGACAUAUUCUUAUAUUCGUCAUCAAAGAAAGCACUACCCACCGCGGGUAUGUUCGAUUCUGGAUUUCCUCGUAAUAUAUUUACCUCGUAGUAGCUUCAUCGACUCAGUGGUUAUAGUCAACUUGGUGCUUACAGAAGGACGGUGGUUGGCUAGUGAUCAUAGUUCACAAAGAGUUUGCACUAAGCAUCUAUGAAUAACGUGGCAAUAAUGGGUAUCGUACUAGCGAGCUCUGUCCGGCAGCGUCUGAGUCUCGGUCAGUGGUUUCUGCUUCUAGAGACUAAACCUUCUCCUCACUUCUCUCUGUGUUCAGUGUCGUAUGGAAAUAUUGGCAACUAAACAUACUGUGAAACAUACACGUGAUAAGCUAUAUUCUGUGCUGAGAAUUUUCCAACUAUACUGUGUGGCUUGUCAUAAAAAGUUGAUUUUAUGUGAAUGCAGAUAAAAGGCACAAUAACAGCAACAUCUAUGCAAUUUAAAGCAAUCUAAUAAGCCCUUUAAUUCAGCCUGAUAGCCCUGCAAUAAGAACUACCUUUGUGAUGGUUGUAGUUUGUGUCACACAAGUGAAAAUUCAACCCUAUAGUCAUUUAUGGGUAUACAGUUUGUGAUGGCGAUGUAUUAGAUUGCAAUGGAUUGUAUAGGUUUUGCUUUUUCUUGUGCCCCCCCCCCCCCCCCCUUUAAUUUAGGUUGUACUCCCAAACAACAAGUGUCACUAUAUCGAUAGCAUUAUCUCCACAGCUAAUCACGUCAGUCCUUGGAUGUAUGUGAUACCAAAGUCUGUGUGCUGGCCUCACAUAUCUGAACUUCUCUCUCUCUGAAUAUCUUUGGGUUUUCACUCUUUUCUGAAACUUUAAAAGACAAAACAAUUAGUCUACCUAUCUAUCAAAAAAAAAGCAGAUUAAUCAUAACUUAAUCAUUCUUAAACAAGAAAUAAGUUUUGAAACUAUAUCAGCAAGGCUUAAACUUUGAUAAAGAUGUACUGACUUGCCACAGCUGAAACUUGACAAAUUAAGUGUUUCCUUGAGAGAUAAUUUUCCCCUUGAUCCUUGGGAUCUAUCUGAGUUUCAAGGGGGGAAGUACAAAUAAAAAACAAUGCACUGUUUUUUAUGACCGAGGAUGUUUAGGCCCUUUGUCUCAUGGAUCGCUUGAAUUUAAGGUACCAGCCUUUUAAACCUGCUAGGAUAUAACACUGUAACGUAGAUGAAUAAGUCUAAAUGUUUGUGUGCAACAAUAUAAUGACACGUGUGUUUCUGAGAAUGACUUGAAUUGCACUCUGAAUUAAAACCCAACAUCAAUAAGGACAGGCUAUAUCAGACCUCAGAUCACGGCUCCCUGAUGUUCUGUAUCAGCUUUUUAGCCCAUCUUUAACGAAGGUGCUAAUCAUUCUGUGUACGUUCCCACAAACACUGACGCUCUGACACACUGAGGUGCACAAGCUGAGCUAAUAACAUGUAUAUUCCAGAAGUGGUAGUAGACUUUUAGAACGUAAUAUUUAUCCAUUUUUAAUCAGUUGCCAAAUUAUUCAAAGAAAGCAAUUAGAGUAAUGUGACACAGUUAUCAACGUAUUUCUUCCUGUCCUGAUAACCUGAGCAGGUUGGAUGGAACGUGUUAUCAUAAGAUCACAUAAUACAAUAAUAGAUUAACCAGCUGCUCGUAGGAUUUUAGUGAAACAGACUUUGUCCCUUUUGAACACUUUAAAGCCGCCUUGUCUUUAAAGUGUCAAGUGCCAUUAGCUUCUGCCCAAACAAGAAGAAACCGGAAAUCCAAGCAACCAGUAACUACAGACAAUCCCCACAGGAACAGACUCUAUUGAUUCACCGUAGCGUAAUGCAUAGAUAAUUAUAACCCAAUACGGUAGAGAAUACAAUUCCCAUGAUGCACUUCCCCAAAUGUAUAACCAGCUAAUCCAUCCCCAGUUGAAAUUAGGGAUGAAUCACCUCUGUACAGUAGCAAACCAAAGCGUAGUGUCUUUGAAUACUUUAAAGUGAAACACGAGUAAUGUCGAUUAAGCUGCAUUUUGAGCCAGCCGCUGAACUUGACUGCUGUUUCCACAUAAAUAUGGAUGUUAUUUACAGUAUUUUAAUAAUAGUAGCAUCUUCAUUCUGCUGAGUGUCCAGCUGUGCAUUCAUUCAUUUUGAGCAGCCUCUAAAUCUUCGAUGGUGAUCUUUUCUUUUUUUUCUCCCCAUACUGUGUUGAGUAAAAGGAAAGUGUUUCGACAAGCUCCAUCUGUUCACGUCGUGCUGGUUGUGUGAAGUGUUAAUGAACACGUUCCGGCCAAGAACUUGACCCAAACAGGAAAAAAAAAAAAAAAACCCUGACCUUUCCCUCCUCUGAUCAGAGUUUGGUCACGUUCCUCCUCUGUGCACUUUGAAGACUGAUAGCAGAUAAUUGUUUCCCAACUUUCCCCUCGCCCAAAUUAAUAUAAGAAAAUAAAAGAAAAAUGCUUAAUUUAUUUUCAGAGUUCUAAAACGGUUCUACUACAUCCAAUUAAUUCUAAUUGUCUCCUAAGCUGAAAUUCUCAAUAGAAAUGGAGCAAUUAAAUUUCUGCUUUGGCUCUACCUUGGGGACAAGAGACGUUUUAUUUCGGUUGACGGUGGGGAGGGUUUGUCUAAACCUUUACAAAGGCGAUUUCAUGGGUGUCUGUAAUAGUUUCAUAACAGAGCGAUCACUGGGCUAUGCAAGGCAAAUAUGGCCACCUAUGUUCCUUGUGCUGUGGAACAUCAGACUGGCAUUUAGUUGUGCUUUGUUUACAACGUGGGCAUACUGUACAGAGCUGUACACAGCAAAUGUAUUGUGCAUAUUUCACUAUACUAUACUGUAGCUGCUGUGCUUUGAUAUAGCAAUGAUCAUCUGUUUAUUUUGCCCGUUUAAUGAGUUUUCUUCAUGAUGUAUUAGCAACUUCAACACAAAUUUAGAGCCCACCUGAAUAGCCGUUAUUUUUUUUUGUUUUCUGUGUCUGUGUCUCUUAACGCUGAAACAUGCGCUCUGUGUCCUCAUCGAUUUUGGUUAUCGGCACAGCAGGACAUAUAGCCAGUGAAGUCAUCUAGACCCUAUACCUCAAUUCAUAUUUUGAAAAUUACACUGGGUUUGGAAGCGGGCCAUGGGUUCCUCCUGGGAAUCAGUGGCACAGAAAUAAAGUGACAUCACUGACUGGGUAUUAAAAAAAAAUGUAGAUGAACCUACUGCAAUUGGGGAACACAUUCCUCGGAGGAGAAAGCUGCUUAUUCGCUGUUCCAUUUGCGGACUUAUCUUAUCUCCAUGCACUCUGAGAUGACGAGAUUUACAUAAAACAUGGAGGAACCUCCCUGGCUGUUCAGGUCCGCGGUGUAUAAAGGACCCUUCCUAGGUGUAUGUACCAUAGACAUGUGAUUACCCAAGAGUUUUACUCCCCUCAAAAGCAAUAUGUUAGCAAUUGUGAUAUAUGAAUCAAGUUAAAAGGAAGCUUUGGUUCGUUUUAAUUAUAUUAUACCUUGUGCUCAGAAAAUAACAGGGUAACUAUGCACACGUUCACAGUGCCGGGAAGACGAAAAAGGGAAAAAUGUGAAAAAUGUUCGAACUGAGACGCAAACAGCCAACCACAGCUAGGUUUCACUGGACAGUAUUGUGUGCCAUUUUCUUGUGUUUUGUUUGUUGUGUUCAUGCCUACUGUACC